AUGUAUUCGGCUACACUCAUCAUUGCCAGCGUAGCUACUGCUCACGCCGGUGUCGUCUACCCGGUUCUGAUUGAAAGCAGAAGCGGCAACUCAAGAGGCGCUGUUCAACUUUCUAAAGACUACGUCAUAGACUUGGAAGAAUCCAGUGUUUUAGGGGACAGUCUGUAUUUUUCCGAUGCUAAGUAUGGAGAGGUGAAUCACGAAUUGAUGGAUACUACAGACAUACGUAAUAGUGUUUAUGAAAAUGCGGAACGCAAGGCGUCCUUUACAAUUACUGAAACAGACGUGGGAAUUGAAAUGGAAGGAUACCUAAACUUUACACAUGGAAUUGAGCCUUUGCGAAUACAUAACAAAUCCGGCCGUGUCCCUCACAGAAUAUUUCCGCUACCGACGCCUGAGGAGGCGAUCCACUUGGAAAUUCCCGUUCAAGAACGUUCUGAUGAAAGACUACCGCCAAAAAAUGACACUGCAGAGCCACCCACCGUGUGGCGACCUGAAAUCUACGUCAUGGUUUACAGUGUAAUACACAAGUCCCUCAACGAAAGCAAAUGUGUACAGGCUCAAUACAACAUAAGGCUUAUGAACAUCGUGAAUGCAAUCUUCAAGACGGUUCGCAAGCCCCGAAUAAACCUCCAGCUUGUUGGAAUAUACAGGUUUCUUUUGCGUACGAAUAAAGAUGAGUAUUUCGUUGUGGAGGAAGAUAAUGUAGUAUCAGCGGGUGAGUCACUAAGCGCCUUUGGAAAAUUCACGAAAAAGACCAAGUUCGCAAGGCCUGCCGAUUUCUACCUGAUGCUCUUUGGGCGCCGCUUAGGAACACGUAACAAGAAGACUAAGAAAUUAUCUCCUAGUAUUUACGGCCGCGCCAAUGCCGGAACGGUCUGCGUGAAAGGCGCUAAUGUGGGAAUUUCCUGGGACGUACCUCCUCUGUACAGUAGAUUCACCACAAUAGCCCACGAAAUUGGGCAUUUGCUCGGGAGUGCGCGCGAUGGAAGUGGUCCCCUGAGAAAUGUCAAGAAUCAUCCUGGUGCUGUUGACUGCAAGUCCAAAGUCAAAUACAUCAUAGACUCUGGAGGGCCUCCUGGACCGCCUUUCGCGUUUUCGCAUUGUAGUGAGGAGGGGAUGCAAUUUGUUUUAAAGUAAGUAUUUUCUUGAACUUCCUUAAGCCCUGGCAUCAUCGAACCUUUAUUUUCCUUUGGACCCGUGACAUUUCCUAUGCUAUUGUUUCACCCUAAUUUUGAAUGCAUCGUUUGCCAGUUGAUGGGGAUGUUAAUUGUAAUCAUAGUUACUUAAAUCGUAGUUCACUUAAAAGGUAGCUAAAUCCACCACACAAAUGGUAACGCUAAAAGCGUCACCAUAUUACGAGAGGCAACGAGGCGCUAAGUUCACAGCGAAAAUACAUUGUA